UGGGACUUGUGACACCGCGUUUGCACACGAAGCCACGCGUAUGUGAAGAUUCGAUCAGUUCAGACAGAUUUGUCAACUUUAGUAACUAGUGUUGUCCUGAAGAUUUCUAGUGCAACGUGACUGGUGCUUGUUGCUGUUUAUUUAGAGAGUUUAUUCGUUGGUCUUAAACUUUUAGUCAGGGCGAUCAGCCCCUGUUUUAGCGUCCUGCCGCAAUCCGGCGGGUGUUAAGAUCCAUGGAAGUGGUCGGUAUUUACGAAAGGGACCUCGCAUUCCACAGCGGCCACAGUCUGGGUCCCGUCCACGGCGGCGUGUACAAACCCUCCACUGACGGCUCGAUGACGAAACUCGGCAUCUCCGAGCACGAGAAGGCGAUCGACUUCAGCAUUUACUUGGACUCCACUCUUCACUACCAGCAGCCGGCUCUUCACGGCGAGGAGAUCUUCACUGGGGACUUCUCGUCCAGCGAGGACGCCAAGAGCAAGCGAGCCGCCGCCGCCGCCGCCGCCGCGGAGGCGCCCGUGUACAAGAGCUACGCAGCGCUGACCGAACGCGACGUCAACCGGAGCCAGCUCGGCUACCCGGAGCUGCAGGAGACGCGCCUUGACACCGUUUUCAGCCCGGACUUCCUGGGCGCCUACGGCAAGAGUCAGUGGCGAGGCGACGUGAACGAAGACACGCGGAUGGACGGACCGGGAGGCUACGACAUGCGCUCGUACCUGCAGUACCAGACGGCGCCAAGCGGGAGCCUGGGAAACAUCUCCAACGCUUCGUCGUCGUGCUCCAGCCCGCCUGGCACGCCCGCGACGCCCAGCAAAGCCAGGUCGCCUCAGCACGGCGGAAAAAUCCCGUCUUCGGGUAAAGGCAAGAAGCGGCUGGACAAGGACAGCGACGAGUACCGGAUGCGGCGCGAGCGCAACAACCUGGCCGUGCGCAAGAGCAGGGACAAAGCGAAAAUGCGCAAUCUGGAGACGCAGCACAAAGUGCUGGAGCUCGCGGCUGAGAACGAGCGGCUGCAGAAGCGCGUAGAGCAGCUUUCCCGAGAGCUCUCCACCCUCCGCAACCUGCUCUCCGCCACCGGCCAGUGCUAACGCUGACUUUUACCCGCUUUUCUGCGUGAGACUCUUAAUGCAUCGGUUCCAAAGAGUAUGCAUUUUUUUGUUUGUUUGUUUGUUCUGUUUAUUUGUUUUUGUUUGUAUUUGUUUUAUUUUUUACAAAUGAGUCAAAUUUGCGUGAAAACAACGAACAGUGCUUUUAAAAUAAUGUUUACAAGAGCGUGUAAAGAGGACUGGCGCCUGGAUUGCGCAACACUCACAUGCUCGAUGACUGGUGUCACUCUGGUGGUGUUGUGGAACCCCCCCCCCAUGCUCAUGUACUUUGGUCUGUACAGUAUUUUUGUACGGGUGAAAUGUCUACUGUUUUAAUAAUAAUAAUAAUAAUAAUAAUACUCUGUUAUUUAAAUACCAUUUUCCCCCCCAAAAAAAUCUGGGGCAGUGGCUGUCGAGGGAAGAGUUGUACUGCAGAGGUAUGAUGCAACGCAUUGUAACAGUAUUGGCCAUGCAAUGAAGUAGUGUGCUAAAAGAGAAUAACGGUAGAUUUCUUGUAUUGUUAUAUAAUAUUUUAUUGCAUUAAAAUGAUUUUUAUUUCUUUUUUGA